UGCUAUAAUUAUAAUCUUGAAUCUUCAGACUAUAGACUUCACUGGUUCCUUCCAGCAAAAUCGACUGACUCGUGGCGGUCGACGGAAAUCCGCUUGCAGUGGAAGUGCGUUGUGUUAAGUGUUACGUACGGGUGCUGGGCAGUGUCCAGCCACGCUGACCACAGAGUGUUAUCUGAAGUGGCUUUCUAACAUUUCCUGCGAUCGCAACCGCUAAUACUAUACUAGUGAGGUUGAAUAGGCAACGUUAGUUGAACUGGCAUACCUGUCUUCGUACAUAGUGUGUUCCAUCGUCAGUUGUCCUAAUCCGAAAACAUUAGCUGUGCACCACUGCACCAUGUCUGUGGAUUACGAUGGAGAGCCGCAACAGCAGCAGCUAGAUAGUGGUAUUGCAGGUGGUGGUGUCACUGUGAAGCCUGGCUGUGCACUGCUAGCGUUGCUCAUGACCAUACUGGCCAUGGUCUACGUGUACGUGCACUAUCGCUACGUGUAUCGUCGUCAUGGUGAACCACCACUGCUGUCCGGUACCAUUCCCUGGUGGGGCCAUGCGGCCACGUUCGGCAAGGAUCCGUGUCAGUUUGUAACGGACAUGAAGAAGAAGCACGGUAGUGUGUUCACUGUGGUGGCUGCUGGUAAUCGUGUUCUACUGCUGUGUGACUACCGGCACGUUGUGGCGUUCCAGCGAGAGAGCAAGGCGCUCAGUGGUGCCGAGCUGAAGAUGGAAAUGACGGCAAAGAUCUUUGGCGCACAGAUGGCGCGUGCGGAUCAAGUGCUGCUGCAAGACCACCGCGCAUCCUACAUCAACCAUCUCUCUCGUGCUCCCCUGGCAGAGCUCGUAUCUGCCUAUCAGGACACUCUCAGGUCUUUUCUAUGCUUACCAGAGGUACCUGGCUGCACUGCGCCACGCCAUAAUCCAUAUGACGUAGAGGCUGAGUUGGAACUAACCCCGGGAAACAAGCAGUGGCAGAUCCUGGAUCUAUGCUCGUUCGUUUCGUGGACGACUUUUGCUGGUGCAGCCGAUGCCAUAUUUGGCGACGGUGCAUACAGCCCCAUCGUCUUGGAGGACUAUCAGAAGUUCGAUGAUAAUGUCCUGCUGUUGCUUGGAGGCCUGCCAUCGUGGCUUCCCGCCAUUGCGUCAUCGCUGCGGGCUCGCCAACGCUUGGUGGAGCAUCUGUCUAAGAAGAGAAAGAACAUGAGUACAUUGAUGAUGCACCGCCGUGAGCAGUUCACUACGAGCAGCGCUGGAGUGAACAUGGCUGACCUGCAUGUGCACAACAUGGCGUUCUUGUUUGGGCUGGUAGCCAACACCAGUCCGGCCAUCUUCUGGACCCUCCUCCACCUGGUGCAACGUCCUGACGUCAUCGAUGAGAUCAGGCAAGAAAUACAUGACAUCAUCAAGAGUAAUGGAAGUACGGACGUCGGCAACGCACCGGCAUCGGCAGAAAUGUGUGAUCCCAGUCAGCAUCACCUAUCCUCUAACCCAGACGUGCUGCGGGAGCAGUUGCAGAGCAUGGUGAAGUUAGAUAGUCUCAUAAACGAGAUGUUCCGCACUUGCAGCGCUCCGCUCCUAGGGAGAAUAGCGCUAAAGGAUUGCACUCUGCAGCUACCCGAUCAGAAAGCGCCGAUCCACAUCCGUAAAGGCGACCGUGUUUGUGUUGCUACACACGCCCUGCACACUCAAGAGCAAAUCUACGGAGACGGCAUGGAGCAGUUCCAGUGGGACCGCUUCCUGACGCCGGACCGCCUCGAGCCACGUGACUUCCGUGAUCGGGAGUCCGGCGAAAAGGUGCGGCAUCACCUGCUACCGUUCGGAUGCGGCACCACACUGUGCCCGGGAAGACACUUUGCACGUGAUGAGAUCAAGGUCUACAUGGCAACCAUGGUGCUUUGCUUCGAUAUCAAGGCAGUGGAGAGCGAUCAGGCGGUUCCACGGUUCGAUUAUCCCCGUUCGACAAUCGGCGUCAUACCUCCACUUGCUGGAGACCAGUACCCAGUGUAUAUUCGACGCAAGCAGUUCAGCUGAGUGAUCACUGAUUAUAGCUAUGAGAAGUUCAAGGCUGCAGACAUCACUCAACAGUGACUCGACACCAUAACACCGAAUGUACAUGUACAUGUAGUUUGUUGUUUAAUAAGGUUAUUCCAGAAUUGCAAUUUUCAUGCUCCGCUCAUCAGUGGCGGAUGCAGGUUAGCUCAUGUUUAGCUCGUAGAGUCGUACACUGUCAGCACUCAACAGUCAUCCAAUCGUAUGUAAUUACCCAACUACACCACAGUGCCCUCAUCCAUUUAGCAAGCGCAUCUCCAUUGUACUUGAGUAAGAUUUAACCAUGCCGUAACUAAGCUGGAAUUGCCAGUUGGCAUCUGACAGAGUUGCCUGGCAGUCACACUGUGCAUCUACUGCUUGCACAGCUGCAUAAUGCCGUUUUUUAUUUUUUAUUUUUAUUUUACUAUUAUUAUUUUUUCGGCAACGCAGAUGAUGAUGAUGAUCUAAGCUGGACGCUGAUCUGGCCCUAAACAGGUCCGAAUC